CACAAGCCCUCCACCUCUGAGGUAUUAUAUUGCUGUAGUCACAGACACCUACAAGCCAAGGAACAAUGCUCAGUUCUUUCACCCUGCUCUUGCCCUCUCUGUUGGCGGUGCUGCUAACAUGCCAUGGAAAGCCUUUGCCAGUAGAAAAUAUGAAAUAUCAAAUACAUCAAACCAGCAAAAUAAUUAAAUCUCUUAUUGAGGAGUACCCCAUAUCCCAAAGACUCAGUUUCGAGCUCUCAGACGUGGUCCCGGGUACCAAGCCCAUCCAGGGCCUGGGGUCAGCUAUCGAUUCCCUGAUGGCCUUUCGGAGGAUUGUGGACAGCCUGUGGGGUCCCAAAUCGCAGCUCUCCGUGGACCUCAGCACACUCCGUGGCCACCUGGAGAGGGAGAUGACAUCCCUGCAGUGCCCUGCCAGAACGCCAAGCUCGUUCCAGGACUUGGACCUCUUCCUGAAGGACAACCGAACCUACAGCCUCACUUUGUGUCCGGCAGUUCUGCAAAGGCUUAAGAACUACAUGAACAAUCUCCUGCUGAGUCUGGAUACAGUUAAGACAUGUUAAACACAGCUGGCAUGUGACAAAUGCAUUUUU